GUGUGUGUCAUUUGCUUUCUGAAUUUCGUUUAACAAAGUGGUGUGCGCAGAAGAGGCGCUCGUACGUCAAAAACACUUCAACAGAAAAGAAUACACAUCAAUUUAUUGUAUGAGUCAAAAAACUGAAAGACCAGUGCUAUCGGGUCAACGCAUCAAGACCAGAAAAAGAGAUGAAAGAGAAAAAUAUGACCCAACGGGAUUCCGUGAUGCGGUCAUUGCUGGUCUCGAAAAAACUGAAGGCGACCUGGACCAAAUCUCAAAGUUUCUAGACAGCGCGGGCAACAAGCUCGAUUAUCGUCGUUACGGUGAAGUGCUGUUUGAUAUAUUGAUUGCGGGUGGUCUAUUAGUCCCUGGCGGCUCUAUAUCUCAGGAUGGCGAAAAGCCACGCACAAGUUACUGCAUAUUCGAUGCACCCGAGGAUAUGGAGUCAAUGCGCAACCAUGAGCAGGUGUUUGUUAAACUCAUUAGACGGUACAAGUACCUUGAGAAAAUGUUCGAGGAGGAGAUGGGUAAAGUUUUGUUAUUCGUAAAGGGCUUUACGCCAAGUGAACGUAUUAAACUCGCGCGCAUGACUGCGCUCUGGUUAGUUAAUGGCUCUGUACCACCUAAUGUAUUGCUGGUACUAAACAAUGAGCAUCUGAUUAAAGAUGGCAUUGCACUCGAGUUUUUAUUGGAGCUAUUCUUGACGUUCAAGCAAGAGAAGGGCAUUGCAUAUCUUAUUCAGGCGCUAAAAAAGGGUGGACUGGAAAGCAAACUUAUGGACUUUUUCCCACCAAAUAAACGUACUGAGGAAUAUUUUAAACAAGUUUUUCUUGACAAAGAACUCAAUGAGAUCAUUAAAUUGCAUAAAGCGCAAGCUAGCCAAGAGGCCAAACGUGAACUGCAGCAGACUCUCAUUGACGAUAUUAACGACGAAAAGGCACACAAUGAGAUAACUGCAGACAUCAAAGAGUUUGCACUACGUACCAACAUUCCUGAUCAUGAGAUAAUUGUUAUUAUUUGGUCCACAAUAAUGUCACUGGGAGAAUGGAACAAAAAGGAGGAGCUCGUCACAGAUCAAGCAGUGCGUCAUCUAAAAACAUAUUGUCCACUGUUGCAGGCGUUCGCCUCAACGGAUCGUUCAGAAUUGGCAUUGAUAUUAAAAGUGCAAGAAUUCUGUUACGAAAACAUGAAUUUCAUGAAAGCGUUCCAAAAGAUCAUCUUAUUGUUCUACAAGACCGAAGUAUUGUCCGAGGAAAUAAUCUUGCGCUGGUACAAGGACGGUCACUCCAACAAAGGCAAGAUGCAUUUCCUUGAACAAAUGCGCAAAUUCGCUGAAUGGCUACAAUCUGCCGAGGAAGAAUCUGAAUCGGAGGAUGAGCAGAAACUAGGCGACUAACAAUUAUAUUGAGAGCGCAGUCUAUUAUAUCGGCAUUAAAACAAAUUUUGCAACUAUACGGAGCCGCCAUCAUCCAUUAUAUAUGUUUAUCAAUAUAAAUAUAUAUAUAUACCCAUAUGUAUAUGUAUUUCGCAUUAACAACAGCCAACCGAACUACACUCCCCUUUGGAAGAUAUUCCUAGAAGUUAAA